CUCGGCCGUUGGUCGCUUGUAGCGGCGGUACAAAAAAUAAUGCCAUCGUCAGAUUCGGUGAACUAUCGGUGCCUUUUUUUAUUAAACUCUCCUUUUUACUAACAAAGCGACGGAGCAAACAAUGCGAGUCGACAGCCGAAACCGGAGCUAACGGCGUUUAGAUAGCUUGUCCCCGGCCGUCAGAGUGUCUCUGUGUCCGGCUGCAGCAGAUGGGAUCCUCGGUGUAUUUGGCUAAAAAGGCGGAAGACUGCGCACCAACAGCCCCAACCAGAGAUGAUACAAAGCUCCAGCCGCUAGCCAGCUAACUAUCUGUUGGGAGAUGCUGGUAAACGGCAGCCGAUCCACCAGGAAUUAAGGACAACACAGGAAACAUUUCGACAGAUGACGUCCCACUUUAUGGAGCCACAACGGGACGACUUGAACUGAGACGGCUUUAAUACUCGGCUUUAAUACAGCACUUUUCCCGACCUCAGGAUGGCGAGCAGGAGGAAGUCCACCACACCGUGCAUGGUUCCUCCUCGAGAAACCGUUGACUCGGACGAGGAGAUGGAGGACGUCACAGAUACGGCUGAGACGGGGGACAGUAACGGCGUGGCGGCCGUCUCCUCAGAGGUUUCUGGUCUGUUUGAGCAGCGAGGCGAAGACGCAGAUGUCAGACAGGUCUCAGACCACUAUCUGGAUUCGAACAUGGCAGAGGGGGGCUACGAGUGCAAAUACUGCAGCUUCCAGACGACAGAGCUCAACCUGUUCACCAUGCACGUGGACACGGAGCAUCCCGAUGUCGUCACCAACACGUCCUACGUCUGCAUGGAGUGUGACUACCACACCAAGAGUUAUGACACUCUGCUGGCCCACAACGCUCGCCUCCACCCGGGCGAGGACAACUUCACACGGACGAUGGUGAAGCGAAACAACGAGACCAUCUUCCAGCAGACGGUCAACGACCUCACCUUCGACGGCAGCUUUGUCAAAGUGGAGGACGACGAGGCCGAGGAGACGUCCCGCAAAGGCAUCGCCCUCAGCAAGACGCCCAUCAUGAGGAUCAAGAGCAGACCGGAUCCCAAGAAGUUCACCGCCUCGCACAAACUGGCCGUCGACGACGUCAUCAAAGUGGAAAGCGACGACGAGGACGACGAGAACAAGGAGCCGCCCACGCUGUCUCCCGCCCCGAUGACACCCGCCGCAGCCGCCCCUCGCCUCGUCCCCGUCUCCACGCCGCUGCAGGUCCAGGCCGUCCCGCAGAGCAUCGUGGUCAACAGCCCCAACGUGCUGCAGAUCAAAGGCGGCUCGGGCGGCGGCGCCAUGCUGCCUCCUGGGACGCUGGCUCAGGUUCUGUCGGCCCUGCAGAACCAGCAGAACAGCAUUCAGACGCAGACUCAGCUCCUCAUCCCCAUCAGCAGCAUCCCAACAUACAACACGGCCAUGGACAACAACGUCCUGCUGGUCAGCGCCUACAACAGGUUUCCGUAUCCCUCGGUGUCCGAGAUCAUGGGCUUGUCUUCGCAGACGAAGUUCAGCGAGGAGCAGAUCAAGGUCUGGUUUUCUGCUCAGAGGCUGAAACACGGAGUCAGCUGGACGCCGGAGGAGGUGGAGGAGGCGAGGAGGAAGAAGUUUAACGGCACGGUGCAGACCGUCCCCCAGACCAUCACCGUCAUACCCGCCAACAUCGCCGCAGCAACCAACGGCCUGCAGUCCAUCUUCCAGACCUGCCAAAUCGUCGGUCAGCCGGGCCUCGUCCUCACUCAGGUGGCCGGUAAUGGCGGCACCAUGCCGGUCGCCUCUCCCAUCACCCUGACCGUCGCAGGUGUCCCCGGCAACCAGCCCAAAGCCGCCGAACCGUCGACGUCAGAAUCAAAGACUGAGAUGUCGGCCAGCGCGGCGUUCAGUUUGGACGCGUCGGCAACCAAACCGAAGAAGUCCAAAGAGCAGCUGGCGGAGCUGAAGGCGAGCUACGGCAGGAGACAGUUCGCCACAGAGGCGGAGAUAUCGCGACUCAUGCAGGUCACCAAACUCUCCAAACGAGCAAUAAAGAAGUGGUUCAGCGACACGCGGUACAACCAGAGAAACUCGAAGGAUCACCACGGCGUUCUGCUGAGCGAAACCGCGUCCAGCAGGGCGGCGACGCCGGGAGGAAGCCGGGGAGGAAGGAACAGCAGCGGCAGCCUUAACGACAGCAAUAACAGCGAAAACAACGCCACUAUCGUCAUCGACUCCAGUGACGACGCCAGCGAUUCCUCUCCGACUUCUGCCAACGUCCCGGUGUCGUUCGGCUCCCCCAGCGACCCACGGAUCAAAUUCCGCCACGCCUUCCCCGACUUCACGCCACAGAAGUUUAAGGAAAAGACUCCGGAGCAGCUGUUCAUCCUGGAGGCCAGCUUCCAGAAAUCAGACACGCCCUCGGACGAGGAGCUGAGCCGGCUGCGUGCGGAGACGAAGCUGACGCGACGUGAGGUGGACGCUUGGUUCACUGAGAGGCGGAAAAUGCCUUCGGGGACGCUGUCAAAUGACGAUGACGUGGAGGGGGACGGCGAGAGGGGGAAACCAGCUGUGCCUUCGUCCUCAAGUCAGGAGAGGCAGACCACGCCACCCGCCGGCAGGAGGACGCUCAAAAAGACGCCAGAGCAGCUUCACAUCCUGAAGAAGGCCUUCGUCCGCACACAGUGGCCAACACCCGAAGAGUACGACCAGAUGGCGGAGGACAGCGGUCUGCCGAGGACGUACAUCGUCAACUGGUUCGGAGACACGCGCUACGCCUGCAAGAACAGCAACCUGAAGUGGUACUACCUCUACCAGAGUGGGAAGGUGGAUGAGGCGCUGAACGGUGGAGCAAAGAGCCAGAAGAAGUCCAGGAAGCGUUUCCGUGGUUGGUCCAGGAGGACACGCCGGCCGUAUCCCUGCAAACGCUCCCCACAGGGGGGCGCCAUCGCCAUCAAGGUGAAGUCCGGUAAGACGUUUCUGAAGGACUACUACCUCAAACACCGAGCCCUGAGCGAGAAGGACCUGGACGAUCUGGUGACAAAGUCCAGCAUGAGCUACGAGCAGGUGAGGGACUGGUUCUCUGAGACCGCCAGGAGGGUGGAGGAGGGCAAGGAGCCCUUCAGCGAGGAGGAGGCCGAAGAGGAGGAGGAGGAGGCAGCAGAGCAUGGAGACAGCGAAGGAGAGAUGGAGGUGAAAGAACAAGGAGGGGAGGCAACUGACGACGACUGCAAUGAGGAUGAAGAAGAAGAAGAAGAAGAGGAGGACGAGGAGGAAGCAGCAGCGGAGGAGGAGGAGGCAGCUGAGGAGGUGGAGGAUGACGAAACGAUCCAGGAGGAAUCUGAAGGUUUCAGCCAAUCACAGCCUCAGGCAGAAGAGCAGACAUGAGCAGACAGCGUUAACGUUGCUUCCCCCCCGCUGUGGAGACAACACGGAGGACGACAUGCAUCAGUGUUUCUCAGCUGGUGGGUCGGGACCCAAAGACGGCCGCAGGACGCUCAGACGGGAGUUACAGCUCACAUGGAUGACGUGUUACUAUUAAAAAAGACAAAACAAAAAAAAGGCGGGUUUGUGCCUUGGAGAUGAACUUUGGGUCCUGGUGCAGCUGAGAAGCACUGAGGUGACGGAGCUGAAUUAACGGACAAAGCAUCGGGAUGUAGUUUGUUUCUGCUGACGAACUGUGGGGACCAACCCAACGUGCGGGACGCCGCCUCUCACCAAGCGUCGGCACGAGUGUAAGUUUCCAGCUCUGCUCCUGUACAAAUAACAAGGCUUUUAUUUUGGUGACAAUGACGGGGCUUUUACUUUGGCCUUUCAUGUCCUUUUUCUUACAAAAAAAACAAAUGUUUUACGGUGAACUUUGUAUAAAGGAAAAAACAAAUCCAACACGUUUCUAAAGAGGUGAGACCUCUCAUGAAUAUUAAAGUCUGUUUUUUGAGAAUAAAAAAACACCAUCAGACCUUUAUCUCAAGGGAACGUCCUCUCCCCAAACCCAACACACAAAACAUUUUGCUGUUCUGAAAGCAAAGGUUUUUAAAACCGUGUGAAUAGACAACAAAUUAGUGCCAUUCUGUUUUAUACUUUUGUUUUUAAAAUCAAAAAAUCUGUGCUGGAGUCCAUCCCAAAUCAACAUUUUAAACCUUUUUGUAUUUUUUUCAAGUGAUUUGUCUGAACGACAUAUAUAUAUAUAUAUAUAAAAUAAUAUGAGGACUGAAUCCAUAAUACUGUUAUUAUUACACUAUUUUAAUUCCUUUUGAAAAUGUCAUAAGGUGUUUGGGUCCAUUCAGUUUCAAUAACGUCAAUUCAGUUUGUGAAUUUACCUCCAAACACGCAAAAUCCACCUUAAAACACAUCAUCAUUAAACAAUUGUGCAUUUUAGUGUUAAAAAUGUCUAAACAGAGUUAUUAUUUCUGACAGAUUUACUUUUAUAGUUGCAUUGUGGGAUGAUUUAACAGUUUGUAUCAACAGAAAACGCAAAGAAAAUGCUGAAAACUUUGAGACCCUAAACUCCAGUAUCAGUCAAACUCUUUGAAAACUGCUUAAGAAAUUACUUAAAUUUGGUUAUUAAAGAACAAACCAAAAUAUGUACAGAGAUGACAUUUUACAGUGUAAAAAUAAACUUAUUUACCUCAAAAUUUAGUUCAGUGAUUGAGUUUCUUGUGACUUAUAUACUGAUAUAAUCUGUGAUAUUAUAUUGGCUUGAACUUCAACAGCAGCUGAUGUUUAAGAGCGUAGAUUGAAUCAAAAUGAACGCAGUCCAACACGACGUGUAAGAAAUCCCCCUUCGCGAAGGUUAUCAUGUUUCAAGUGUACCAUCAUUUGAGGGGAUGUCGUUUCACAUCAUUAAACUUACACGUGAAAUAUUCUCUUCGAAUUGAAUUCACUCAGACACUUGAAGGGUAACUAAAGGUAUUUUUCAACCUGGUCCAGUAUUGACAGCAGCGAGACAAAGCUGCAACAUUAUCCUUGCAUUUGCACCCCAGCAAAGUACGUCCAUUAAAAGCGCUCAGAUUGUCAUUACAAGUGUGUGAAAACACAACGGAAAGGAUCCCUAUAGAGGAAGAGCUUUUAUUUUGAAGAGUAAGAUCCUUUUAGUUAAACCAGAAGCAGUCGCUGUGUCGCUCUCUCGUCAAAGCCACCAGACUUCCUUGACUAAAUAGUAGUUUUACCUCUCCGGUUGUCGUGUGACACAAUAACACAAACAAACCGACGCAGCGACAGACCAGCAACUCCCGUGUUCUGUGAGGUUAAAUUAUUGUUUUUAUCAGUGGAGUCUGGCGGCAAUGACGAGAGCGAAAUAGCGACUGUUUCUGGUUAAAUAAAAAGGAUCUUACACUUUUAAAAAAAAUAAAAUAAUAAUAAGGUCUUUCUCUGUAGGGAUCCUUCCAUAAUGUUGUCACUUUCUUUGAUGUACUUGGACUGUAUGGAUUACGUUGCAGCCUUGUAUUGCUGAUCCCGACUGCAGCGCGCUCGCCCUCUCAAUACAGAACCAGGUUGAAAAAACGCCUAAGUUUAGAAAACUUAAGGUCGGUUAUUACUCGUCCUCUCUGUUACACCAUAUCCAGCUUUCUUCACACCUCUAUCAUACAUACCAUACCGCCUUAGGCUGAAAGCAACACGUCUUCUGAGGCAUUCUGGGAAACGUAGGUAAUCUGGUGGAAAAAGAACACAAGUAAUGACAUAAAACCCUCAUUAAACAUUACAAAAUAAAACAUGAUGUGUUUUUGAAGGUGGAUUUUCUCUUUAACGUCCAGCUCUACAUUAAUAAGGCUGUAAUAAGAUUUAUUAAACUCUUCUGUUGUGACGGUGGAGUUGAUUACAGAGUGAAGCCAUUUUAGACCCGUUCCCCAAUACGUCAUUUGGGUUAAAAAAAAACAAGCAUAUUCAUCAAGAGUUGAUCGACUUGAAAGGGAGAUGAACCCAAACACUGUCCUUGUCCAAAAAAAAGAAUAAAACAAACAAACAAAAAAAAAAAAGGCAUGUGUGCUCUUCUUCAGGAAACAGGCAACUUUACCUCAGUCAGUUAAGCUACAAACUCGGUAAGAUUGUGACAUUUACAAUUUACGGUUACAGUUUUCUUUUUCUAGAGAAUUCAAUACUGUAUGCAUGAAAAUACACAAUUAUUAUUAUUAUUAUGUCUUUCAGAUGGUGUUUUUUUUUUUGUCCUCGCCACCAAAGUACGUGAAUAACUUUUUAAAGAGAGAAAAAGAAAGACAGUUAUUAGUGCGUUUAUUUCCUCAAAUACGGGUGAACUAGUAAACAACAUCUUUCAGGUUUUCCACAAGAAUUACAGACAAUAUUUUAGGGACAAGAAACCAGAAGCACAUGGCUCGUCGAACUUUUUAAAAACUUUUCAUACGUGGGGGGUAAAAAAAAGAAAAGAAGAAGAAGAAGAAAUAAGCUUUUAUUUUGCUUUUCUCUGCUCUCUCUUCCUGUGUUUGCUGAACCGUGUAGGACUCUGUUAGGAUAUGCAAACAUCACAGAACAAUCAGCGGGCAGAGCGGUGGUGGUGGUGAACCGUCAAUCAGCGUCCCUUUUGAUUUGGGAUUUUGUUUUGUUUUUUAUCAGCGAUAUGGGAUCCUUUACAUGAGCUCUGUAAUUUUGCAAAGUUACGCCUUUCUGCCAUUAUUUGCUCAUUUCAUUGCUUUAAUAUCCAACAGUUUUUAAGUAGUUAAUUUAUUUAUUAUAUCUGGACUUUCAUGGAUAUCUUUUUAUGUCUGCAAGCAAAAAAAUAAAAAGUGACAAACAG